CGAAACGUCUUCAACAUCUCCAAAAUGUCCGACAACAACAACCAACAGCAACCGCAACAGCAGCAGUCUCAGGGCUCUCAGCCUGGCCUCAUUGGCAGUCACUACCAAUACGCCAAGGGCGCUGCCGAAGCCACCGUCGGUGUUCUCACUGGCUCCCACGCAUGGAAGGCUUCAGGCGAACAAGACAAGGCAGCAGGUCUGGCCGCGUUGAAGAAGGUUGGAGAGAUGAGAGAGCAGCAAGACCCCAACCAUGAGCAUGGCUACGGCAGGGCCGAGGAGAUUGCAGGCAAGGUCACUGGAUGCCAGGGCAUGGAGAGGGAAGGUCACGCCAGCGUUCAGAAGAAGGAUUAGGCUCGAAGCAUUUGAGAGGAAGCCAACGUGUGUACACUAGUGAUACGAGACGAUGGCGAUGAGUUGUGCUAUCGAAGAUAAUGAAGUUGAACAUUUCGCAACCU